GCUGACCGGAACAGAGCGCCCCAGGCGCCCUAGGUCGCUGACAUCCGACGGCGGAGAUCGCACGCUCACAGCUGGUCUGGAUAGCAGUUUCGGAGGAUACGUAGCUCGUCAAGAUGAGAGAGAUCGUGCACAUCCAGGCGGGACAAUGUGGCAACCAGAUCGGCUCAAAGUUCUGGGAGAUCUGUGCCGACGAGCACGGCCUCACGCCGGAGGGCCAGUACGUCGGCACGUCGGAUCUGCAGAUCGAGCGCAUCAACGUCUAUUUCAACGAGACGGGCGGCGCCAAGUACGUGCCGCGCGCGGUGCUGGUGGAUCUGGAGCCAGGCACCAUGGACGCCAUUCGGGCCAGCGCCAUCGGCGGCCUCUUCCACCCGGACAGCUUCAUCAACGGUUCUUCCGGAGCUGGAAACAACUGGGCCAAAGGCCACUACACGGAGGGCGCUGAGCUCGUGGACCAAGUUCUUGACGUCACAAGAAAGGAGGCGGAAGCCUGUGACUGCAUCCAAGGCUUCCAGCUGACCCACAGCCUGGGCGGCGGCACCGGCUCCGGCAUGGGCACCCUCCUUAUUUCCAAGGUGCGUGAGGAGUACCCGGACAGAAUCUUGUGCACCUACUCGGUCAUGCCAUCGCCCAAGGUGUCCGACACCGUCGUCGAGCCGUACAACGCCACUCUCUCCACUCACCAGCUGGUGGAGAACACGGACGAAACAUUCUGCAUUGACAACGAGGCGCUGUACGACAUCUGUAAUAAGCAGCUGAAGCUGCCGACGCCGACCUAUGGUGACCUGAACCACCUCAUCUGUCUAGCCAUGUCCGGCCUGACCACGUGCCUUCGCUUCCCGGGCCAGCUGAACGCCGACCUCAGGAAACUGGCGGUGAACAUGGUGCCCUUCCCCCGUCUGCACUUCUUCGUGCCGGGCUUCGUGCCUUUGGUGUCACGCCAGAGCCAGGGGUACAAGGCUCUGUCGGUGGCAGAGCUUACACAGGAGAUGUUCGACGCCCGAAACAUGAUGGCUGCCUGCGACCCGCGCCACGGACGCUACCUCACCGUAGCCGCCAUCUACCGCGGUCGCAUGUCCAUGAAGGAGGUGGACGAGCAGAUCGUGUCCGUGCAGACCAAGAACAGCAGCUACUUUGUCGACUGGAUACCGCAUAACGUGAAGACGGCCGUCUGUGACAUCCCGCCGCGCGGACUCAAGAUGUCGGCCACAUUUGUCGGCAACACCACCGCCAUCCAGGAGUUGUUCAAGCGCAUUUCGGAGCAGUUCACAGCCAUGUUCCGGCGCAAGGCCUUCCUCCACUGGUACACGGGCGAGGGCAUGGAUGAGAUGGAGUUCUCUGAGGCGGAGAGCAACAUGAACGAUCUGAUUGCCGAGUAUCAGCAGUACCAGGAGGCGAGUGCCGACGACGAUUACGACGAGGAUGAGGAGGAUGCGGGCAACGACUACGACCGCAACGACGACGGCGGUCGCAACGACGACUACAACGAUCGCGAUAGCUACAACGACAGAAACGACAGCUACAACGACAGGAACGACUACGACGAUCGCAACGACGACCGUCAAGAGGACGAUGCCUACUAGUCCGGCUAUACGGGUGGCACGGCAUGGUUGAGUCGGUUUUUUUCACAGACCUUGCGACCGUGCGUGCGAUGGGCGUGUCUGCCCAUACGCGUGGCAGUUGUAGCGGAAACACUUGGCCUUUGUUAGGGCGUGUUCUGGUUAUUUCUGCUUACGUUUUGCGGCUGGCAUCGUGCUGUGUUCUGGCACAACAGUGCCUCGUAAAGCUUCGUUCGCACCAUCCGCCAGAGUCGGCACGUGAAGCUGCGUACCACAGCCUUAGCUGGGGAUGGACAUCAGAGACUAUGCCUAGCUGUAAAACCGGUACGUUACUUCGAUGUUCAUGUGUGCCGUGAAUUUCGUGGAGUCGCCGGUGUGAAGCCUGUCACCCUCUGCUGUGAUAUUUUAUUGCUAGCAGUGCCCUUCGGAAGAUUUUGGAGUUAAGACUCAACUUGUCCCAGCAUUUGACUUGGACCUCAGUUGAGCCCGCUGCAAAUCAGAUGCGGGAUUCAUGUACACAUGUACAUGUACACACAAAAUAACAGCUGUGGUGUUCAUGUUUCGUACGAGUGCAUGCCGUGAUUGCCAAGUCGGCGCACGAUAAGGGCAGCUCGAUAGGGCAUGUUCAGCCUGAUGAUUGGUCAUGAAUUCACAACAGGCAUCUGGAAACCUGCAACGCAAUGAUGUUCGUGUAAAUCAUCCACUGUGGGGUUGUUUUUAGCAGACGUUUGUAUUGAUGUGUUUGAUUUGUAACAGGAAGGGAUGACACUCAGCCGGAUGGUUACCCACUAGUUUUAGUUCCUUAAAGUUGAUGUUAAGUAUCACUCCAUCGUGUGGUUCCGUGGAGAGUUGUGUUGUUUAUCACCUUUGUUAAAAUGUAAAUAUGCUAA